AUGUCGUCCUCCAGUGAAACAUGCCCGUUCUGUGGGAAAAACUUCAAGAGAUUGAACAGCCACCUUCCCAGAUGCAAGAUGGCUCCGGUCGCCACAACCACACAAAGCUCGCAGACCCUCCCUGGCCCAGCUGACCUCAUCACAGACAAGGACAGCAAGAAGACAUCUUCAUCGUCGUCUUCUUCAUCACCAUCAACAACUUCUACUAAGAGUAAGAAGACAUCAUCUUCGUCUCCAUCACCAGCGUUAUCACCAUUGGCAAGUACAACCAAGAGUAAGAAAUCAUCAUCAUUGACAACUCCUAAAAACAAUAAGAAGACACCAUCACCUUCCUCCUCAUUGUCAUCAACAACAACUUCAAAGAAACGGCAGAAGCUCCUUGAUGAGACUUUCAUUCUCCCCAAGGACAGUCUGGCAAAAGAUACAGCCAAUAUCCACACAAAACCCAAAGCGAUAGCCAAACUCAAAGCAGUCCCUGCCACAGCCCCAGUCUCUGCCACAGUCCCUGCCACAGCCCCAGUGAGCACUAAAGCCAAAGCUGCCUCUAAGAAGAAGGUUUCACUGAGGGAGCAGAUUGAACAAUCCGCUCAGACAGCCAGAGCUGCUGCCACACUAUCCCAGGAACCUUUACCAGAGGCACAGAGUGAAGCAAGACCCUUCUGGAAGGAGGUGGGGAGCAGUAGGGAGAAGGUGGGGAGCAGUAGGGAGGAGGUGGGGAGCAGUAGGGAGGAGGUGGGGAGCAGUAGGGAGAAGGUGGGGAGCAGUAGGGAGAAGGUGGGGAGCAGUAGGGAGAAGGUGGGAGGAGAAGAGAAGCUGCAGAGGUCAGGCAGUGGUCAGCCCAGACCCAGCAUCCAGGACCACACCACCAUCAAACCUGACCGGCUGUACAACAAGACAAUCGCACUGGACCAUAACCCAACCAUAACCUCCGACCUCAAUAAAGACGGUCUACGCAGCAAGACAAGCAACAGGGGACCACUCACGGUCAACCACGUUUCAACAGUACUGGACCGUGUUCAGACCACAACCGCUGAUCGUAACAAAGACUAUCUGUAUAACAAGACCAGAAGACUGCUCACGGUAGAACUCGGUCAAACCUCCGUGAGGACAGAGUCAGCAACAGCCAAUCAGAGCGUGACAAGGGAGAAAGCGCCAUUCGACACCAGGAAGUAUGGCACUGAGCAGAGGAUCAUGGGUAAACUGUCUCUAGGGGAGGUGAGGCUGAAGGAACUGCCUUGCUGGAUCGCUACCAGAGCUCCCUGCAACCCCAGAAAUGGAGUACAGGCCCUGAACAGCGGAUGGCAGUGGUACUACAGGAGGUAUAUAGAUGUGAGGAAAGGUGGAGUGGGAGGAGUGGCCAUGCUGCUAGCAGGAUAUUGCAUCCUGGGCUACACCUGGCACUACCCACACAUCAAGCAUGACCGCUGGAGGAAGUACCACUGAGCCCUGCUGAGCGCCAGCGGUAGGGGUCAAACUAAGGGGAAACCUCUCACUCGGAGAGCGCGCCCCUAGUGGUGUGGUGGAGAAACAUUUUCCAACAGGAGACAUAUUUGAUGAGCUGCAGCUAUGGCGAAAAACGCUUUGGUUUUAUACAUAUAUUCUUCUGUGUGAAAGGAGAUGUAUACAGAAGCAUCACUGAGGUGCCGAGGGAAAUGGUCUCAUUUCAGUUUGAGGUUUAAUUUCUUGUAAACCUUGUGUACAACUUAAGUAUUUAUGUCGCAUUUGCUGUUGUUUUGUUAACUGUUUAUGAAAGGGAAGGAUCUCUCAAUGUUACAGCACUUCUGCUUCUAGGACAAGUUCAAAUGAAUUGUGUUCUCUAAACUAGUGAGAACAGCGUCAAAGCUAGUUCAGCACUCCUAAAAGACUCCCAGACAGUCCAGCAAGUGUCACUGUUGGACUGUUUUUGUUUAAACUGACACUGUAGUAAUGUGUGUAGCAUGCCCACCCAAUCAAUGCCUCAAAUGAUUGAAUGUAAAGUCAUGACCAGCCAUGAGACAAACUUGCCCAAGUAUAGUAAUAUUAUAAUAACAAGUAUUACAGUGUGUGUGCUUGCAGUAUUUAACUGAUUGUGAAGGUUUAACCAAUACUACAUGUUUGAGAAAGGUUAAGUUUCAAAUGAAUCAGGCUAUGCCCAUUUAUGAUUGUAUUCAAAAUGAAUUUAUUGUUGACUUUUCUCUUUCUGUUGUAGUGAACACAAACUAAAAAUGAACAACUGACA